AUGCAGGUCAUCUCUUCAGUUUUGGACUUUACAAAAGUGGCAUCUGCUUUGUCUCUUUCGAUUGCCAACUACAAGCCCAUCCCCAUUGUGGAUUCGAGUACGAGCGGGUCUUCAUCCCAUGGCCGCGUGAAUACAGUGAACGAUGGUGAGUCUUGGUCAUCAAAGCACCCAUCGGACUCUUGGGGCUUGCCAUCGAUCCUAAAUAUUUCAUCCACACUAUCAAACGAUGAUGGUCGGAUCGCAUCAAGCGAUGGCGAUUCGUCUGGCAAGACUGUGGGCAGCGGAUGCAAGAUUCUCGAUGACUACAAGUCUAAUAGCACACUGGAGGUGCAAUUUCCUUCUUACAAUUCUACUCGUGCUAACAUGAUGCGUUAUCGAAAGCAGGUGGGUGUCAAUGGCGGUGCUUGGUUCGUGCAAGAAAACUGGAUGUCUCCCUCACUUUUCAGCUGUGCUUCGGGUUCCAAGGCAAGUGAAUUGGAUAUUCUCAAAGGCUACGGCAAAUCGAAGAAAGGAAUUCAGAGUGCUCGGGCGCGCUUGGAAAAGCAUUGGGAUACAUGGAUUCAGGCCAAGGACUUUGAGGAAAUGAAGGCUAUGGGUAUCAAUACGUUGCGUCUUCCUAUCGGCUACUGGAACUUUCCUGGUUCUAACUUCACGAAGGACACACCAUUCGAGCCAUACUCUGACGUGUACAAGAACUCAUGGAAGUAUAUCCUCCGUGCCAUCAAGUAUGCUGAUGAGAAUGACAUCGGUGUUUUGAUUGAUAUGCAUGGCGCGUAUGGUUCUCAAAAUGGCGAGCCACAUUCAGGUGUUGCAGACGGGAAAGUGCAUUUCUUCAAAAAAGAGAAUCGGGAAAGGAUGACCAAACUCCUGCUUUGGCUCAUGAAUGAAGUGCAGAACAUCUCGAACGUCAUUGGCAUUGAGCUACUCAAUGAGCCACACAAUGACAAGCGCCUCUGGCCUUGGUAUAGCUCUGCGAUGGAUGCCAUGCGCAAGGUAUCGAAGCAAGCUAGCUCCAUGCCCCUGUACUUCCAUGACGCUUUUAACCCAUCGGAAGGAGCCGAAUUCGUCAGCAAGCGCAGCGACUUCGUCGUCCAGGAUACUCACUCUUACUUUGUGUACACAAAACAAGACCGAGAUAUGACGGCCUCAAAGCACACAUCGCAGAUCAAAGGACACGUUCAGGAGUCUAUGUCAGACAUGUCCAGUACGGCUCGUGGAAAUAUGAUUGUCGGCGAAUGGUCUUGUGCGCUCAACCCUAACUCGUUGCGCUCGUCGAAAAAUCAGAAAAAGGCCAUGUCGGAAUUCUGUAAGGCCCAAACGGAUACGUACCUAAAUGCUACGGCAGGUGUGAUAUUCUGGAGCUGGAACAUGGAAAACUGCGACAACAAUGCUGGAUGGUGUUUCAAGUCUGCGCGUUCCAAGUACCUGGACAAAACAUACAACGUAUGGGGUCUGGAUGGGUCGGUUUUGAGCAACUCACUGCCAUCGAUCGUUUCUGAUAUUAUGAAACAGAGACUUCCGGCCGAAUAUUCGCUUAAAAAGUCGACGAACAACAGGGCAGCUGGGCUUUGUGGAUCGAAAAGUGGCAACUCGGAGACCGCAAGCACGGCCAUCUUACCUGCAACUUCUUCGACAGCUGAAGGACAUUCGUACGGUCGAAACGCUGCUGUUCAAAAAGAUUCGCACAACCGUUCGUCCAAACUCACGUCGUCUUCAUCGUCAACACACCAUCAUUCAACCAAGCAUAAGCCAACGUCCAGUCACCAUCACCAUCACCACCACCACACUCAUCACACCCAUUCUUCUUCGUCUUCUCGCACCGCAUCUUCUGGUCAUCACUCAAAGAAGCACAAACACGUGUUUCAUCAUCGUGGCUUGAACAAACCGCACGCCUCGGUGCUCGAACGCAGGGGCUCGAAGAGCUCGGUUAGGGGUUAUUCUGAUGGGUUCCUCACUGCAAAGGCAUUAGCAGGCUUAAUGGCCCUGUCGCGCGUCGGAUUCGAGCAGCAGUAUCUGGCUGAUACGACUUCGAUGUACAUCGAGAACAAGAUCUUUUCCAAGAACGGUAAAAAGCCAAGCUCGUAUGACUCCGACUUCAAGAAAGGUCUAAAAAAUCUUGAAAAAGAAGUCAUCAAGCUUGCGCAAAAGUCUUAA